CAACAACUCUUACAAGUCUCAAAACUCAUUUACUUUAUACCCAACUCACACACCCAUCUAAAGACUUCUCCUCAACAACAAAACAAUCUACAAAAUGCGUUUCACUAUCGUCGCUGCUCUCCUCGCCGCUACUGCCAACGCAGUACGCAUUCCCGAGAGCGAGCCCGACGGAAUCUUCAUGCUCGACCUUGGCGAAGGCCCCGUCGCCCGCCGCGGCGGCAGCUACACCUUGAUUGAAGAGUUCAACAAGACGGCAGCCGAGCACAAGCGGAGCGGAUACACGCUCCUCGAGGAGUUUGAGAAACCAUCCGAAGAGAAGCGCGCCCUAGACUCGCCACAGACCUCGUGCCUAGCCAACACGAAGCUAGACGGCGUCAACUACCAGCAAGCCACGUCUCUGUUCAAGCAGCGGGUCGGCGACAAGCUCCCCGGCGGGAAGGGCAUCGCGUCCAAGUACGGCAGCGUAGUCGUUUAUGCUUGCAGCUGGAGGGGCGAUAACUCGAUUGACGCGGGCCAGAUCGACGAGGCGAUGGCCAAGAUUGAUGCCGACUGCCAUACCCUCCAGGCUGGCGCUUGCGGCAUGGAGCCUUGGGGGAAGAACUACGGACGGGACAACAUUGCCAACCAGGUCUGCUGGGGCCACGAUCUCUCAUAAAGGGGGUUAGGCAAAUAUUUUUGACUCCUUAGCUUUUCUUAGGGACUAGUCUUGUAUAAUUAGAGCCACAACGGGGGAUUGGUUGGAUAUCUGGCGAAUA